AUGUCAUGGCCGGAGCUGCAAGGGCAGGAGCUUGCACUCCUUAAAGGGGCAUUCGCGAACCCCAGGCAAUUGCACGCAGCCUUUGAUAGUCGCGAGGAGGCGGCUGAACUAAUAGAGGUGUUCUUGCCAGGCAUCAACAGAGAUGGGAAAUAUCAGAGAGCUGACGUUCUUGUGGCAUGGGCACAGGAAAAUGAGUCAGCAAUCAAGCGGCAGCGAAGGGAGUCAUUGCAUGGUAUGUGGGAGGUGCUACCACAGCAACGUGUGGUGCCGAAGCUGACGGACACAUUUGAUGAGCUGGCAAGGAGCAACCCACUUGUCCUGCUGCCGGCGCUGCAGCGGAAGAGGCGCAUGCUUAGAGAAAAUACAGACGCUACACAGCGCGCAAAGGAGGAACAGCUGGCAAAGAAGAAGUAUGCCUUACAAUUGGCCGAGAUACUUAAGGAAGCGAAGUUGCCGUUGGUGCAACAGCUGGAGGGAGUGGACCAGCCUGAGGAAGUUUGGCCACGGAUAUUUGGAACCCGCAGGAGCAAAACGCUGCGAAACCGCUUAAAGGCUUGGCAACCCUUCAGGACGUGGCUGCAGUGCGUCUAUGAGGUGCAAUGGCCGACUAGCGUGCGGCAGCUGAUUGAUUAUAGCAAUGAGAGAUUUCAAAGUGAGUGUGGCAAGACAGUGCUGAACAGUUUCCAGGCGUCGCUGGCUGUCUUGGAGCAAGUGGGAAAGGUCGCUGAGACACAGCGGCUGUCGAGCGAUACAACAUGGCUGGCACACUUGAAGUCGUUGACUGCAGAUUUGGUGGGUGAGCAAGCGCCCGUACAGCAAGCACCAAUGAUGACGGUAGCUAUGAUCAUUUCACUUGAGCUGCACAUUGCGAGGGAGGAUGAGCCUGAGUAUAUACGGGCAAUGGCAUUCGUUGCGCUGCUGGCUGUGUAUGGUUCCAUGAGAAUGGACGACUUGCAAGGGAUGCUGCCGGCUACCAUGCGGCUUACUGCACAGGGCUUCAGAGCUACGCUUGGACGCACCAAGACAACAGGCGCCGAUCGGCGCAACAAGGAGGUCACAGUCUUCAUACACAGGCAGGCGGGUUUGUCCGGCUUUCAUUGGUUAGGUGAGGGCUUCGCGCUUUGGAAGAAGGACGAUUGGAAAGGGCCAACUAAGCACUUCGCUAAGACCGAAGUAGUUGCUGGCUAUGUGCGUGAGGUUUUCAAGAGGCUUGCAACGCCGAAGUUUGAGGAUGGGGCAUACCGCCUCAACGUGCAGAGAUACCUCUUGGUGGAAGGGGCGCAAGGCUUCUUCACGGGGCAUAGCCCACGCAAUUGGCUUACUUCAGCUGCCGCAGUGUUGGGUUGGUCUAAGGAUCAGAGGGACUUCUUGGGUCGUUGGCUUAUCGGUGGUUCUGGUUCAGCUGACUACACGCGCACUGCCCGGGAAGUCGUGCAUCGCAUUCAGAUCGGAGUCUGCAAAGCAAUUGUCACCGGCCAAGGUGGCGAGUAUCAAGAGAUCGAGGCCCUCGAAGAGUUAAAGGCAUAUGUAGACGAGCGUGGAGGUUCAGGUGCAUUGGCAAGGCAGCCGUGGGAUGCCAGCAUUUGCUCUGAUGCUUCCGCCAGGAAAAGGUUUAUGCCGGGACUUCCGGCUCCGCAGAGACUGCUUCCGUCCGCAGUCCCCGAGAGGGAAGCAUCACAUCCUGAGGUGGCGAGGAUGCAGAGCAGAUUCGAUGCCGCGGGUGCCAAGUUCGCUAAAAGAACCAAACAUGUUUCUUGGGACGCGAAGGAGACUGAGGAGAAGAAUUUUGCUUUAUUUAAGUGGCUUAAGAUCAUUGAGCGAGGGCCGUGGGACUUUGCUGUGUCUCGCGAUUUCUUGAGGGCACGCUUGUUGGGGCUCGGUGCUGGUGAUCUUCUUGAGAGUAUUUCGAAUGCUCUUGCUGCAAAGAGCACUGCGACUCUGCGUACGAGAGCCGGUCCGAUGAUCAGAUAUUUGGCUUUCUGCGACCUUGAAGGUAUUGAGCCCUUCCCAAUCAGAGAGGAGGUCAUGUAUAAGUUCUUCUACGACAUGCAGGCGCAGGUAGCAGCGACAUUCUUCAAGUCUGUGCUUGCCUCGCUGGCUUUCGGCCGCUUCGUGUUGGGUCUUGACAGUGCGGUGCUGGCGCUGGACUCUUUGAGGGUGAAAGGGCUCGCCAGAAAGCUGUACUUGGGCAUCAGGCGACUGCAGCAGAGGCCUCCACUUCGAGUCAAGGAUGUUAUCAGGCUUGAGCUGAUUUGCACAGGCGAUGUGCCUCGCUCGGCCCUCGAUGUGGUAAUGGCAGGCUUCAUCCUCUUCAUGGUUUUCUCUCGAGCCCGUCACUCUGAUGCCCAACAUGUUUGCUCGUUGGCUUUCGAGCUUGACUUCAGGGGAGAUCUUCCUGCGGGUUUCAUCAAUGCGGAGGUUAAGAAGACCAAAACUAGCUUCACGGUGGAGCGGAAAACAAAAUUUCUACCCAUGCUGGCGCCGGCGCGGGGUCUCAGCGGCAAGUGCUGGGCAUCAGGAUGGAAGGCGGCGCUCAAGAAGGUGGGCAUCACGGCAGGGGAGGGGAAACCUCUCAUGCCCUCACCCAAGAGUGGGGGAGGAUGGAACGUGAUCCCACAAACUGCUCAGGCUUCAGGGCAGUGGAUGCGAGCUCUGCUCAAUGAUGGCACUGAUGAUCCCUACUUGCUCGGGCUGGGGACGCACUCGGCCAAAACCACACUUUUGUCGUGGCUAAACAAGAAGGGUGUUGCUCGAGAUGUCACUGCAUUGUUGGGAUACCACGCAACAAAGGAUGCUGGCAUAGGUACUGAGAUCAUCUACGCCAGGGAUGCCAUGGCAUAUCCCUUAAGAGUCUUGCAGGAACUCGUCGAUGAGGUCCGUGAUCGUUCUUUCAGGCCCGAUGAGACCAGAGGCCUUAUGACGGCCGCGGAAAGGGAGGCUGCAGGAGUUCGUGACGAUGCAGGCGCAGAUUGCUCAUCGUCCUCCUCUGAGGAUGAGGAAUGCCCGCGCCAUGAUGAGGGUGCUGAGGGACGAGUUUUGGGCCCGUGGGCCGGUCGUGUAGAUAGAUCUAAGAUUCCUGGUGAGGCGGUCAUGGCUAGGAACGAGACCUCGCGAGUUUUGCACAUUUCACGUGAAGAGCAGGCCACCGCUUUCAUUUGUGGCCGAAAGAUUACGGCUGCCUAUGAGGUGUGCGAUGCACACCCAUCCGUUUUGUAUCCAAGGUGCAAGCAGUGCUUCAGAAGCUUUCUGGAAUCAGUUAAUGCGUGA